AUGGAUUCUACAUCUUUAUUACCAACAUUUUUAGAUGUGGAUCUGACAGUUUUACAUAUUGAGUGUCUUUCCAAGGAUGUUCUUGUGAAAUUUCAAGGCAAAAAUAAUAGUGAGUGUCAGUUUGACUAUCACAUAUUGCAGAGGGAAAUACAGUAUAUCCCCAAAGUGAAGAAUACCGUGGGCGUCAACGAGUUUUGUCUGGUGGAGGAAAAAGUGACUGGAGAAUGGCAGAGAGGAAGGGUUGUGGGGAAGACGAACGAACUCUACACAGUGUUGCUCAUUGAUCGGGGAGAAGAGCUGAGAGUGGAUGGUACUCGGGUAGCCUCUGCUUGUGAAAAGUUGUUUGAACUCCCUCCCAGAGUCAUAUUUGGCAUUUUUGCCAACAUACUCCCAGUUGGAGAGAAAUGGUCACCAAAGGCUUUGCAUUAUUUCAAGUCACUGGUAGGAAUACGGCUGAAAGUCAACAUGCAAACAGUUUUGCCUCUUCAAAUGAUUCUUCUCGAGGCACCCAAAGUGAUUUCUGAGGUUCUUGAAUUACAAUUAGGAAGAUUUAUUGAUAGGGAUACUUUUCGUCUUAUUGUGGAAAUAUUAAAAGAACUCCCCCAGCCAAUGCCAGACUUACUGCACCAUAAAAGACUGGACUCAUCAUUAAGUAGUAAGAGUACUUCGCUUGAUGUUCAAUAUAUCCUAGAUAAUUUCCAGCCAUCUUUAUCAGUAGGAAGUUUGGACAGCGUCAAAGUGUCAUCUGCACUGAGCCCUGGCAAAUUUUAUUGCCAACUACUUACGCGGAUUCCAGAGCUAGAAGACUUGACAGAGUGUAUGAAUUUGCAUUACAACACAGUAGGACAAGAAACCAGCCCUACUUGUGAUAAUUUUGGACUCCUGUGUGUUGCUAAAGGGACAAAUGGACGGUGGCAAAGAGGAAUUCUCCAGAAACUCUUGCCUGAUAAUCAAGUGAAAAUUUGGUUCAUGGAUUAUGGCAGCAGUGAGUCUAUACCCUCGAUUCACGUGAAGAAACUGAAACAGGAUUUUAUUUUUGCACCACUGUUUUCAUUCCCAUGUUCUCUGACGUACUUACAUUGUCCAGACCCAGAAGUAAGAAGACAACAACUGACUAUAUUUAAGCAAGCCCUGUUAGGACACGUAGUGUAUGCCCAUAUUGACUGGUUCAGCGAGGAUGAACGUCUAUAUUAUGUGACUUUACAGUCUCAAGAAUCUGCAGUUAAUUCCAUGUGUCUUCUGAGGACACUGGGAACACAAAUACUUUGUCCUGCAUUUGAAUCAAACAUUACCAAUUCCUUGAGUGAGACAGGCACUUCUGAUACAGGCAGCCUUGCAUCUGAAGGUUUUAUUGGAUAUACUGAACAGUCAGUGGGUGGACUAAAUGAAAAAGAUGACUUAAAAGCAGGGUUUCCUAUUAAAACUGUAAAAAUGGAGAUAGAAUCUACCCACAUCGCAUUUGUAGUGAAUGUAUUGAACCCAUCAAAUUUCUGGGUACGCAUUAGUAAGCAUCAGAACAAAUUUGAAGACAUAAUGAAAACUAUAAAUAAAUUUUACAAUGCAUCUGAAAAUGAUGAACUAACUCUGAGAAACCCUGAACCUGGACUGUUCUGUUGUGCCAGAUAUAGCAAGGACAGAUGUUUCUACCGAGCCAUCAUCACUGCAAUGAAUGAUUAUUGGAUUAAUGUUUACCUUCUGGAUUAUGGAAGUACUGACUCCAUACCAUUUUUUGAUGCAAAAAUUUUGCUUCCAGAAUUUUGUGAUUUGCCUCCCUUAGCCAUGCACUGUUCACUGGCACAUAUAUCUCCUGUCACAGAUUUAUGGGUACAGGCAGCAACAGAUUAUUUUAAAAAAAUCGUUCUGAACAAAGCAAUUUUGCUUCAAGUUAGAGCAAAAAAAGAUGACAAGUACAUAGUGAGUAUUCAGAAUAUUGAAACCCCUGAAAAUAUGGAUGUUGCCUCUCUGAUGCUACAAGCUGGGUAUGCAGAAUCUACAGAGGUAGCAUUGGAAGAUUUCCCCAAAUCUGUAGGAGACUGUUCAAUGUUAAAGUUAAAAUAUGAAGAUACACUUCAUAAUAAAAAUGUUCUGGCCUCUGCCCCUGUCAAAAGACCUAAGCCUGAAAAGUCUCAUUCUGAUAAACUGAAAGAAAACCUCUCAUCUUUACAUAGGGUCCUGGAUCUGAAAAUUUCUUUCAACUUUUGUUUUGAACAAAGCUCAUCACAGCCUUAUAAGGAAUAUGUAUUUAAGCCAGGAAAACUUCUUGAAGUCAACUGUUCUUAUUGCCAUGGUCCAGGUGACUUUUCAUGCCAACUUCUGUGUAAGUCAGGAGAUUUGAAAUUACUGAUGGAACAAAUUCAAGAUUAUUAUAGCAUCCAUCCAGAACCAUAUCAGACUGGGAAGGUAGCUUGUGUGGCUAAGCAUUCUAGAGAUGGGAAGUGGUACAGGGCUGCCAUCUUGACUCAAGCAUCAGACCAAGAAGUAGAACUAGUAUUUGUUGACUAUGGCAAUCAAGAGCGAGUUUUCAUUAAAGAUCUUUGUGCCAUCAACCCACAUUUUCUUGCUUUAGAAGCUCAAGCUUUCAGAUGCUGUCUCAACUAUUUAGUUGAGCCCAUUACAUGUAAAAUAUUAGACUGGACAGAAGAAGCCUCCAGAGACUUUGGAUAUUUCAUUUCUUCACGUGGAGGGUUACUAACUUGUAUUGUGUAUGCCUUAGUUCUUAUACACCCUAAAUGCUUGUGUAAUUUAGUGGAUUUACAAUCAUCACUUACCAGUGCAAAUGAAUUUCUCCUUCGUCGUGGCUCCACCCACUACAGUGUAUUAUCAAGGCCACUCCCAUUUUCAGUUAGUCUUUACAGUUACUAUUACUCUUCAUUUGAUAUAAAGAUUGGAAGUGAAGAAGAUGUGUAUAUCUCUCAUGUGUAUAGUCCCAAAAAGUUCUAUUGUCAGCUUUGUAGAAACAGUAAAGAUUUAGAGAUGUUGGAGACAAGAAUCACAGAGAUGAUUAGCCUCAAAAUGUGUGCAAAGUAUGACUGGAACAGAAUGAGACUGUGCAUUUCUAAAUACAUAGAGGAUGGGCUCUCAUACAGAGCCUUGGUGAAGCCAACAGAGUCAUCAUCUGACCCUUGCGUUUAUUUUGUGGACUAUGGGAAUGAGCAGUUUGUAGAAGAAAAUAUGGUUUGUGCCAUUUCUGAUCAGUUUCCGGAACUGCUGUUUACACCUAUGCAAGCAAUUCAAUGUUUUCUGUCAGAUCUUAGAGAUAUAGAUAUUCCAGGAGAAAUCAAUAGGUGGUUUGAAGACAGUUUCCUAGGGAAGCCCUUAAAAGCAGUGAUACUGUCCAGGGAAUCAGAUGGGCAGCUUGGUAUAGACUUAUAUGAUGGGUAUCAACAUAUAAAUCAGACAAUAAAAUUGCUACUUAGUAUUUAUGGAGAAAAACACUCUGAGCAAGCAUGGUGUGUGGAAAAGAAUCCUAAGUUAAAUCAGGCACUCACUGCACCUUCGAAAGAAAACCCAGAAAGCAACCGUUGCUGCAAAGCAAUAAAUAAAACUAGCCUACCAAAACAUUCUGCAAAGAAAACAGAUCAAUUGAUGCGCCCAGAAAGCAUGUAUGCCAGGAGUUUGAAACCAUCCAUUUGUUACGGAGUUGAACCCACGCCAAAAAGCAAAGUGAAGAGGCCCUUUAAGUAUGGGCUUAAACAUAAAAAUGGAAAACUCAUUCUGGGGUCUGGACACAUUCCUGAAGAAAGUGGCAUGGGCUCCAAAUCACAAGAGACAGCAUCAAAGUUAGUUACCAAAGACUUAAAUCAGGCAUCUUCCCAAACUCGAUGCAUCCUUCAUAGACCUCCAGUCACAAAGGUUCCUCAAGCCCACAUUGACUUGAGUAGCCAGGUUAAAGGGUCUGCACCCAUUAGCCACCAUCUAGCCAAUUUUCCACUUGCUGGGAAUGGAAAUGAAGCCAUAGGACUCACGGAUGUUCUAAAUGAGAGAACAAAUGGCCAGAAAAAGCAGAACUCCCUGAGCCUUCUGGUGAGAGAUCAUGUAGAAUACUCUAAUAACCAUGCCGUGUCCACAGACAGUACUAAGGAAGUGUUGCCUAAAGGACCCUUUGAAGUGGAAGUUUUUGAUCAUGGUAAUACCGCCAUAGUAAAUGGCUCUAAAGUUUAUUCAAUUAGCAGGGAACUCUUAACUAUGCCCCAGCUGGGAAUUUAUUCUUUUCUCCAUAGGAUAAAAUGGAAUGGGCCCAUUGAAAUGUGCAAAAGCAAAAUUGCAGAAUAUUUUUCCUUGGGAGUAAUCAAUAGAAUAAUUUCUUGCGAAUUUUUGAAGAUGCACAACGGGAAAUGGGAAGUCAAUAUAACUUGUGGUAAUAAAUGUGUCAUCAAGAAAUUGCUGAGCUGGUCGCCAUGUCCUAAACUACAGGAGGGGACAUUGCAGACGCCUCGGGUCAUCGCUCUCAAAGUUAGUCUUUGUGAAAACAGCCACUGGAAGGCAGGAAGAGUAAAUUCAUAUGAAGGUUUGGUGAUCUUCAAACCACUCUCCCAACAGCUAGUUGAAAUUCCUUCUGAACUGGUAAGGCAUGGGCAGUUUGAAAAAUCCAAAAUGAUUUACAUUUCAGAGACUGGGGGAUUUCAUGUGAAGUUACCAAAAAAUCAGAAAACAUCAGAUUUAGCACGAUUAAUUCCUAAAGAAGAUUAUUCCUCUUUUUUAUCAAUGGAUAUUAUUAAAAGGGGGUUAGAAUUCUUGUCAGUAUCUAGAAGAAAUUUCAAGAGGUACCAAUCCCAAACGGAAGAGCAGUGGGUGGAUGAGAAAGUCCUUGGCUUUUUAGUAAAUCAUGGACAACAUGAAGCAGUGCCUGUAGAUAAUACCAAGGUAUUUAGUAGACAGAUCAGAAAUAUUUCAAGACAAGGCAUGGCUCAAAAACGGAUUUGGUUUAGACAUUCCAAGAAGACUACCCUUGAGUUCAUUGUGUGUGUAUUUCCUCAUUUGCAAAUGAGCAUCAUUUCUCUGAAAUAUUUAGACUACGCUUGGGAAGUGGAAAUGUUGGCCAAUGGUGUGUUGCUUUGGAGGUAUUUAAAUGUGUCUACAUCUCUGGUGGAAGAAAACAAAUGGCCAUCUUCAGGUACUGUUCUCAGUCUGGAGCCCCAGAUUCUUCUGUCACCAUGUGUAACCCGGCCUUUUGUUUGGGCACCACUCCAAAAUGGUAGGCGGUAUUGCGGCAUCGCCACUGCUGUCAGCGACCCCUCAGACUUCUGUGUGCAAUUAGAGGAUUUCUUUGAUAUAAUGAAGUACCUCUUUACCUUGCUUUCUGACAUACCGGAGCCCUUGCAAGUCUUGCCCCCAGAGCGCAUGAUUCCUGGUUCCAGUUGCCUAUUCAAAAAUGAGUUGGAAGGUCAGUGGAACAGAGCAGAAAUUUCUGAAGUUUCAGAUCAAUCUUUACAUCUUGUUUUGAUUGACUAUGGACUUUCUGUUCAUAUACCUCACUCAGAAGCCACAAAUCUUAAAUCUGUACCUGAGAAAAUUAUGAGUUUGCCAAGGCUGAGCUAUCCAUGCAGCCUGUAUGGCGUCUUGCCUGCUUCAGGGAAAUUGUGGAAUAAUGAAGCCAGGCAGUUUUUUCAAGAUUUCCUAUGCAAAUCAGGCUUAGUUUUUCAGUUUAGGGAGUAUGGCUCUGCAGCAGUAUCGGAAGUGGAUGUCAUUUACAAGAACGACAGUGUAGCAGAUAUGUUAGUAGUGUCUGGUCUUGCCGUGCAUCCUAAGGAUUCCGCUGGUCCCCAUGGAAUUACUGCCACUGGAUCUAAACUACAGAGCCAACCCAUCUGCCCACUGUUGGACAAACACUGGCACAAAAAAGAAAGUUUUAAUUAUAGUACGGUAAAACAAAAGCUACAGAAGAAGAAGCCUUCAAAGAAGAGAAAUGUUUCUAGGCGCCUCUUAAAGAAAAGCUGUGUUAGUGAAAAAUUACAUUCUGGAAAUUUAAAACAGAGAAGAAAAGUCAUUAUUGGGAAACUUAACUUCCCAAGUACUAUUCUGUUUGAGAUAUGCAUAGCAGCUUUGUCUGGGGGACUACCUGAUCGUUUGGGAAACAACACAGGCUGCUUUAAAAACAUUUUAUCAACUGUGGGAGUCCAGGAAAAGAGUCACACAAUGGACUCAAAUGCAGUCAGUGUUAAUGAAAAAAUUACAGCAGAACACUUGAAAAAUCCUGCUGUUGCCCUGAGUCUUGGAGAUGCUGCAGUUAUUGUUCUGCAGGAUCAGUCUCUUCACCCAUCCCAGCAGGUCAUAGAUGAUGCAGAUGCUAGGAUGGACCAACCCAAAGCCCAGGAUAUGGGUCUGGGUGACAGCUGA